AGAGAACUGUUUAUGGAAUAAGUUGCAAGAUCUAGAAAUUGACUCAAGUGAAUUUGAAAUCCUCUUCAGUAAGAAAGUGUUAACAAAAAAGAAGGCAUUAUCAGAGACCUAUGAGACAAAACGAAAGACAAAGAAAGUUGCUAAGUUACUAGAGAGUAAGCGUUCCCAAGCAGUAGGCAUUCUGAUGUCCAGCUUACAUGUAGAGAUGUCAGACAUUGAGGGCGCUGUUUUGAACCUUGACACCUCGGUGCUAGAUCUAGAAAACCUUGAAGCUCUCUAUGAGAUUAGACCUCAAGCAGAUGAACUACAACUAAUUCAGAAACAUUGCAAGAAAAAACCUGAUGUAUCCUUAGAUAAACCAGAACAAUUUUUAUAUGAACUAUCGCAAAUUCCAUGUUUUGAGGACCGUGUCUACUGCCUUACAUUUCAAGAGAUAUUCAAAGACAGUUUGCAAGAUAUAGCAUCAAGGGUUAGAAAUUUAAAUGAAAUAGCAACGGUGCUCUUGAAAAGUUCAGAGAUAGAGAACAUUUUUGGAAUAAUUUUGACAUUUGGAAAUUAUAUGAAUGGAGGAAACAGAACCAGAGGACAGGCAGAUGGGUUUGGUUUGGAAAUAUUACCAAAGUUAAAAGAUGUUAAAAGCUCAGAUGACCAAGCAACAUUAUUACAUUAUAUCGUUGCCUAUUAUAUAAAGAAGUUUGAUGAACAUGCUGGCACUGAACACACGCAUCUUCCCGUACCGGAACCAAGCAAGAUAGACAAGGCUACACUCGUUAAAUUUGACGAUGUCGACAAAGAUCUUCGUCGCAUAAUUCGUGACCUACGAGCUUUGAUUCGUUGGUGAAUUAUUACUGCGUGAAACCUAAACAGGGUGAAGACACCGUCACCCCACACUAUCUAUUCAACCUCUGGGCGCCUUUUUGUCGAGAUUUCAAAGACAUCUGGAAGAAAGAACAACAGCGGAUCGCUAAACAAAAAGUAAAAGAGGCCCAUGAGAAAGUGAAGAAGAUAAAAGAAGAUAAACAGAAGGAAACAUUGAUAGUAAAAGGAGUGAAAAAAGCAGGAGGAUUGAAAGCGAAGCUUGCAGCUAAAAAUUUCAACAAAGAUAGCUCCUCAAAAUGAAGGACGACGAAAAUUAUGUAGAAAGUCGACCAAAGACAGAGGAAAAGCGACCAAAGACGGCGGAAAAAAUGAUAAAUAUGAGGGAAAACAGGUUUGUGAUAGAAACUAGAUGAUACAGUUUGACCCAGUUACUUGGAAUUGGAGGGAGCACCUGUUAUCCAAAACAGAACUGAUGGUAAUGGAGAAGGAAUAAAGUUUGUUUUAUCCAUUACAUCCAUCAGGUCAAGAAUCAAUUUGGAAUUUCUUCAAUGUUUUUCUUUCUGUACGGUUAAAAAAACCUGCUCAGGUUUUGAUCUGUAGCUACAGUAAAUAUUUUUUAAUUUACCUGUAAAACUUACAGUUAUGUGUUUAGCGGUUUUAUCUUCAGGUAUCUAAGAUGGAUUAUAAUAACGUCUCAAUUUUGGCAGUGAAAAAUGUUGAUACUUCAAUUUAUAGAAACAUAUUUAACAAAUUCGUUGAAAAAUUCUUCUUGAAAAAAAUUAGUAAAAUAAAUACUUUCUUCUUUUUUUUUUAUCACCCAAUAGAAUAAAUAUAUAUUUACAAUUCAUAAUGAGACAAACUUUUUCAUUAGAAUACAUUGAUCUCCAAACAACAAUGUUUACUGUUGACAUUGUCUAUUUGAUUUUACCUGAUAUAGUUAUUUAUCAAAAAUCCGAAACAUGUAUACAUUUCAUAAUAUUAACUUUAAGUCCAAUAGGUUUCAACACUGUAAAAGAUGUAUGUUAAACCAGGAAGUUUAUAGCAAGUUUGUGGUUUAAGGUAAAUUAUGUAUUCUGGAAUUUGCUAUACAUUUUUCUAUGUGGAAGAUUUUUUUUUGUAUUUUGUGUCUAACACAGCAAUUGUAUGAAGUAGGUUUCAGAGCCAAACUGGUUGAUUUAGCCAGGGUUCAUACAAAGUGUCAGUAUUCUACACAGCCUAUCAAGUGUAGUCUGUAAGUCUACCGAUCAUCGCAAUGCAUUCCUUUUCACUAAACAGGGUUUCUCAAUUGCAAUAGCCAUUAAAACAGGGUCUGUUGCAGUUUUGCAGAGUAUAAUGUAAGCACUAUUUUUGAAAAUUGUUCACAUUUUGAUGUGUAUGCUUUUUUUCUUGCACUAACAAUUAAAAUUCAUGUUAAAAACAACAGUUCUUUUCAGAACUAUAUAUAUAUAUGUGGUGUACCGCACAUAUUUAAUAUAAUACAUGUUAAUAUUGUCCUUUAUAAAUUACUUGUUUCUUUCAUAAAGACAUUCCUCCUGUAAUUUCAAAUUUUCCGAAUUUCUUCCAUUCUAAUUUUUAUGAUUCGUCUCUUAGGUUCUAAUUUCAUCUUCAAAUCAUUCCUCUCUUAUGGUUACUACUUGUUUUUCUCAAAUUUCAUAACACAUAUGUUCCUCUCCUCUCCCCUUGAAUCUCCACUCUGCCCCUUCCCUUUUUAACAUGUUGCUUGCCACACAGAAUUUAUGGGAUUUGGGCCUAUAGUCCAUGCCAAACGAGUUAUCUAUUACAAUCCAUGGCAGUGACAAUAAAAUAUCGGAAAGGAGGAAGGCUCGAAGGGACCUAACCCUGUCAGGGAUCUCUGGACCCAUUGUCGAAAAGGCCAAUCAUUUUGCUUGCAAAACUGCUUUGAAUAAAAUGAUGAUAAUAAAAAUGAUAAUAAUAAUAAAUGAUAAUUAUAAAAUACCCAAAGACUGCCUCUGCUGAAAUGAUUUUGUCUUUGAGUGAGGUCUUACACAUCCAACGCAGAAUUGCUUUCUCAGCUCUAUCAAAUUUAUGUUUACUUUUCAUUGACCAAAUCUUUGUGCUGGAAAACAUUGCACUUCUACAGGCUGCUUAAAUCUUUCCUUUAAUUCAGUAGGAAUCAGGAUGGUUCUUAAGAUGUUAUAAUAAUAAUAAUAAGAAUAGUAAUUGUUAUUGUCGUGAUGGAAUAAUAGACAAUAACAAUUACAAUAAUAAUAGACAAUAAUAAGAAUGAUAAUGGUAAACUUAUAGAGCACAUAACACUAAGUGCUCUAUGCAUUUCACAUUAUUAUUACCCAGUCAUUGGAUUAAACACAUGUGGAACACAUACUCAGUUCCCCGGGGGGAGUAUUCCAUAACUGUUGCAGCAGCUAACUAGUGUAUUUGGCAUUCUAACCCUACCAGGUACCCACUUAUACUUGUGGGUGGAAAGAGACAUAUUGAAUAAAGUGCCUUGUUCAAGGACACAAGCGAAAUUCACAGCGAGGGAUUGAAACCCUGGCCUCGAGGGUUGAGAGACCGAACUGCAUCUGAAAGCUCAUGGAACUUCCUCGAACCACAUCUGACCCUAAAAAUUGCACUUACUUCUGUACCUCCCAACAUUCAGCAUGUCUGUCAGCAUUUAGCCUGGCCCCCCCCCCCCCAACUUUCAGCAUGUCCACCAGGCAGCUAAAUAUGUUUAUGGCUGCUUAUCAUUCCGCUGAGCAAACAUAUUUUUAUAUGUUGGUAAUGAAGUGUAUUUGAAGUACAUGAACCACUCACUCGCACUUGCGAUAAGAAAGAAUUCAUGCAGAACUUUGUUUCCACUUCAUUUUAAAUAUUAAGUGAGACUAAUAGGCAUAAUACAAAUUUUGAUUAUAGGCUGUCUUGAAUAUUCAGUUGCCUAUCAUUAAAUCAUUAUUGUUUUUUUUUAAUUUUGUUUCCCCUCCCUCAAGAAAUGAUGUUCCUCCUGCCUCCCCUCCAUUCUUUAUGAAAUAUUGAGCUGUCAGUAUCAAUUUGAAAUCGUAGUGACAGCUUAGUUGAUUAAGCCUAUAAUGAAGUCACAGAGGUUUCAAAAUCAUAGUGUGGUUUCAUUAUUAGAAUUGUAAAUACACUUGACAUAACUAAAACUCUACUACAUGGUCACAGAUAUUACUAGCGAUUAGUACUUGACUAAUGUUAUGGUAAUGACAUAUUUUUAUAGGUAGGAAGUGUGUUUGGUAGUUUCGGGAUAAUAUUGUACAUUUAUAUUAUCUAGAAAAAAAUUUUCACCAAAGGAAAACUUAUAUACAGUAAGCUUUAUGUUAAUCGUACAUAUUAUGAAGAACUUUCGUACACAGUAAUGUUGAUACCAAAAUAUUUUCCCAAUGUCAUUCUAAAAAUAUUGCACAGAUGGGAUUAGCUGUCAUGUAAUUGAAAACUCUUGCAAAAUACAGUGAUAACCAUGCAACCGGAACCUACAAACCUUUAUGGUUUAUGUUGUAAUCAAAGUUAAUUUCUCAAAUAAAUAAAAGCUUGUAUUUGGGAUUUACAAAUUUUUGUGUACAUAUGUAUUAAAAAUCUUGGACAGUUUUUUGACGUUUUUAAGUGCAAUAAAGUAAGGUUUUUUCAGACUUGAGUUUGUAAUGUAGUUAACUGUGUUAAAAAUUUGAGAUAGCAAAAUAUGAAAGAGAAGAUUUAUGAAGAAGUAUAUAAUGUAAUUAAGUAUUAUGCUUAUUAUUAUUUAAUAUUUUGAAAAGAUAGAAUUUGCUUAUUCUUGAGUACCUGCGAUUUAUCCCUUUAUUAAAUAUCACUCCAUUUUGUGGUCAUAUGGAGUUUUGUAUGUAUUUAAAUUACCUAACUUUUUUUAUUUAAUAAAUUUGAUAUGUAAUAAGUAUAAUGCAUAAGAUUUGUGUUGUGUUAAUCUACUUCUGAAGUGUUUUUUCCUUAAUAUUAUAUAAUGUUUAUGUAAAUUUAUAAAGAAAUGUGUUAAGUUUAUUCACAAAUUUAGUUUAUUGGUGCUCAAUUAUUGUGUUAUUGCUAUGUUCUCAUUUGUGAACCAUGCGCAGCAUUUUCAUGCAUUCUCUCCCAAGUUGAAAUUUAAGAUGCAUCAUUAUUUCAUAUUGGGACUAGAACAACCUUUUUUUAAAAGUUCUCUUUAUGAAACUAAUGGUCAAUAAUUUUUGGUGAUUGGACCAACAUAUUUUCACAUGGUCUCUUCAUGAAACCACAGACCCUAUAUUUGAAGAAACUAAUGGUCAUUAUUUCUUGGUGAUUGGACCAACCUAUUUUCACAUGGUCUCUUCAUGAAACUAAUGGUAUUACGGUAUUUCCUGGUGACUGGACCAACCUGUUUUCACACGGUCUAUUCAUGAAAAUAAUGGUCAUUAUUUUUUUGGUGUUUGGACCAACUUAUUCUCACAUGGUCUUCAUGAAACGACAGCACCGAAUAUUUAAUGAAGGCCUAAUGCUGUACAUAUUGUUAAUUUUGUUGUGUGGAAAUAUUUUCUGAAAUAUAUUGAAUGAAUAAAUGAGUUAAUUCCUGUUAAUUGAACCAACUUACUUUAACAUCGUCUCUUCUUGAAAUUGGUUGUGAUUGGACCAAACUCUGUGUCUGAGGUUGGACACACGUGUGUGUGUCCUGAGACAAUGUAUUUCUGCAUUGCUUCUCUCAACCCAGGAGUUAAUUUAUUUAUUCAGGCAUAAACAUAUAGAAACAAUUACAAACAAACAGCAGCCGAAGCUGAAAUGGUUUGCAUCACAAAAAUGUGCACAUGGAUAACUCCCCCCAAGAUGAUUAAAACUCAUCAUUGUCAUUACCAAUAUUUGUUUUGUUAAUUUCAGUUUCAUUUCAUUCAUUCAUUAUUAUCUGAAUAAAUAUAUCUGAAUCUGAAAUUAUUUAUAACGACCAGAUGAAGAUGAAGUUUCCUCCAAGAUGGUUACAGAUAACUAUUAGCUUUCAUCACAUCGUUUUAUUGUUAGGGGCAAGACUAUAGUAUAUCUGUUUCAUUUGUGGUUUUGUUUUGCAGUGAUCACUUGAAUUGAUUGAGUUAUUGAUUGAUUGAUUGAUUGAUUGCUUUUAAUUUAACUGAAGCACCUCCCUGUGUGUAGAUUAAAGAUCGAAUUAUGUACUGUAUGUAUAAUGUAGUGUAAGAAUGAACGCUUGUAAUUUAUCAUUGUUCUUCCAAUAUCAUUGUACAGUAACGGCAAUAAUACGCCAAUGCAUUUCAUACGGUCCUACAAACUUUUCUACAGUAGCGCUGCUAUAAAAGUAUUCUUAGCUAUUUUGAGUACAUAAUGCAUAUCUCAUUUUAGAUGUUGUUGGAAGUUCUCACAUAACAACCAUUUAAAUAUACUAUCCAGUAUAGGAUUCGUGAAAUUAUAUAUGUAGAUAAUUUUUGAUGAAAAAUAAAUAUAUCGUUAGUCGCAUUCUAUUAUACAUUCGUGGUAGCUUUUCUAUAAUUCCAUUGGAAUAUUUUUUGAUAAAAAUAGCCCGAAAACUCAGCAUUCGUUUACGAAGGUUGUGUACAAUAUUUUGUUAUUUGGCCUUGUGAACAUAAGAUCAUGUAACUCAUACAAAUGAUACACCCAUUACUGGUACAAUACGUCUUGUUAUGAGCAGAGUGAGGCCUGAAGGUUAGACUAUAUACCUGCAUAAUUUAUAGGUGUAUACAAACAAAUUACAAUUGUACAUUUGAUUUAAACAAUUUUUUUAGCCAAGAAAGCACAAUACAGACAUACAAUUUUGAUUUGGCUUUCGAGUAUAAAAUUACCACGAACCACCUUCCAUAAUAGGUUAUUAUUGCUGUUUUGUAACCGUAGACUUACACAUACGGUUAUAUAAUGAUAUACUUGUUAAAACUACCAUAGUACAGUUUACCUUAUACACUUUUAUACAAAGGUAUGCAUAUGUAUAAGGUGAUGAAUAUUCAUGUAGUAUUAUGCAUAAAUUAUUCAAAUUUUGUUGAAUAUAAGCGAUUGUGCAUUUCGAUGUUUGCAUUACAUAUGGAUGAUGACGUAUUUAAUUUUAGCAUAUUCAGUGAAAUGGAUUGGUGUUUAAGUUUUAUAAGCUUCUUUAUAUGCGGUGUAGAAUUCUCUUAGGCCUAUUAUUGUUUAAAAACAGCUUCUGUGUUGUGCCGCGGGAGCGUUGUUGGUCUUUAUUUAUUUAUUGGGUUGCAAUUGCAGAUAAUAAAGAUUUUUACUGUUUUUUAAUUGUUA